AUGGUGGGCCUUAAAUUUGCCUCCGCCAUCCUUCCCUUCGCUGGCGGCGUACUCUCAGCAGCCAUUUCCCUUCGCCAAGAUCCGCAGACUUCUGGCAUCAUCUGGCCUAUCUCGUACAUUGCGCUCGGGGACAGCUUUUCUGCGGGGAUUGGUGCCGGAAGAUAUACCGACCCCAAUAAUCCUUUGGUCGUUAGGUGCAAACGGAUGAGCGGCUCGUAUCCGACUCAGGUGAAGGGGAAAUUCCCGCGCAUCGACGACAAAAAUUUCUUGUUCGAAUCUUGUUCGGGGGACAAAUUGGGCGGUAUCGACAGCCAACUUUCGAACCUCGGGACGUCGAGAGCCCAAGUUGUUACUCUGUCGAUUAGCGGCAACGAUUUCAAAUUUUCCAGCGUCGUCGAAAAAUGCGUGUACAACGUUCUUGCCUUAACCGACGGUACAGCCAAUUCCCAGUGUGACGAGGCACUCGAGGAGGCCAGGGCUCUGGUUAGUGACGAGAGCAUCUGGCAAGCAUAUAAGGACCAGGUCAACAAGAUCAUGUCAAAGGUCAUGAUUGCAGACAUCAGAGGAAUCCCCAUACCUUGGAGUGUGCUUGUGAUCACCGGCUACCCUCAAUUCUGGGGCGAGGUUGUUGACGGCGACAAGUGCAGCAAGACCCGUUUCCCGGUUCCAUUGGAGAUCUUUGGUAUCGUCAAGAAUGGUAAUCUUAUGCGCGAGAGCGUCCGUAGAUCAAUGAAUGAGAUGGUCAAGAAGGUCAACAAGAAGAUCCAGGAGGAAAUUCUUCCGAUCAAUAGAGACAAGAUCGAGUUUGUGGAUAUCGACCCACUCUACGCAGGUCAUCGGUUCUGCGAAAAGGGUGCAGCUGACCCUAUCGGCGCCAACAGCGACUCGGUGUGGUUCACUUCCUUCGAAACUAUCUUGCAGGAGACAAAAUUCGCGCCUGAUCCCAAUAGCAUGCUGGAACAACAGUGGGCCCCAUUGACCCAGAGCUUGAAACCGGGCGACGACCUUCUACCGAACGAGCUGCGGAUUAACUCCAAUUUCCACCCCAAGACUGCUGGGCAUUCUCAGACAGCCGAAGCGGUCCGCAAAGUGGUUGUAGACUGGGGAAAUCGACAUGAGCAUACUCCAGUCCCUCCACCCCAACAAUGUUUGGCCACGGAUGCGCCAAACCUUCCGCAAAAGAUCUUUAUCAGUUCUGGCACAGUUGUUGAUCCAAAUGGCUUAUUAUAUAGACUUCGUGAUACUCUUUGCAAUAACAAGUGCGAAAUCCCUGCUGGCAUUGAUGCUCAAGCAGGUGCUAUCGUCACUGGCGCUGGUGGUCGCUGCGAGAUCUCCGUCGGCAUCCAAGGAGGCUCGGAAGGAUACGCCGUCCGCGAUCGGUCCAUCUCUGGUGACGAGCAAGUAAAGCUGUGCUGGGAUAAUCUUGAGAGACUCAUCACCACAUGUGUCCAAAACCAGGCCAAGCACGGCUGGCAAGGUGGCAUCGAUCCCAACCCUGCGUUCUAUGAAGCCGGCUUCCGCACGCUCAACCCCCCCGAUAAUAAACACCAGACCAUCGAUGAGAACCAUGCUCUACAGAAAGAUCUCUCGGACUUCCAGAGUAUCUGCGGCAACGAGGACGGAGAUUGCCAAGCAAAUAGUUGUUUUGGUGCUUGGGGAAUGUGUACAGAUGGGAGGUAUAGAGGUUGCAGGUGCGCCAGAGGCACGAAAUUCAAUCAACUAGAACCCUUGGAGAACGACAUGAAGUGCAAGACUAGCUGCUGCAAUACUUCGCCAGACCACUGGUACACGGCCGACUGGUGUAAUGCCCACUGCGGUGGUAUUAGCAGCCAAUUCUGCUAG